GCGGCGGUUCACGAAUGGCGAUGAAUCAGUCAAUGACUGGCUGGAGAACCUGGAGUUUGCCACAGUAGUUUCCGUCCGUUCGUCCAAUUUCCAACUUUCUCAGCUCUAUUUUCUGCCUAUUUUCUCAAAUUUUUAAACCUUGAAAAUGUCGUCCCGCAAAACCGCUGGUCGUCGUGCGACCACCAAGAAGCGUGCACAAAGAGCGACCUCUAAUGUAUUCGCAAUGUUCGAUCAGGCUCAAAUUGCCGAGUUCAAAGAAGCUUUUAACAUGAUUGAUCAAAAUCACGAUGGCUUCAUCGACAAGGAAGAUCUUCAUGAUAUGCUGGCAUCCCUAGGAAAAAAUCCGACUGACGAGUACCUAGAGCAGAUGAUAAACGAGGGUCAAGGUUCGAUCAAUUUUACGAUGUUCUUGACGCUCUUCGGCGAGCGGCUUCAGGGAACUGAUCCUGAAGACGUGAUCAAAAAUGCUUUUGGCUGUUUCGACGAAGAAAACAAUGGCCACAUAAACGAAGAACGUCUUCGGGAACUUCUCACAACAAUGGGCGAUCGAUUCACCGACGACGAGGUGGAUGAAAUGUACCGCGAGGCUCCAAUCAAAGGAUCCAUGUUCGAUUACAUCGAAUUUACUCGAAUCCUGAAGCAUGGAGCGAAAGACAAAGAUGAGCAAUAAGAAGAUCUAAAAAAAGCUUGUCGUCCUCAAGAGCAUAACAAAAUUUAAAAAAAAAUGUUGCUCUUAUUCCAAUCAGAUGAAGCAUUUCAGUAAUCUUUAAAUGGUUGCAAGUCCAACAUAUUUCUCUAUUUUACAUAGUUAAUUGCCAGAUUAUUGCAGGUUUUUUUUUACUGUCUCUCGAGCAUCACUGUCAGGUGGGAACUGACUUUAUAUCAAUAUUAACAGUUAUUGAAAGAUUAGUUUUCAGGAUAUAAAGUGUAUUUUAAGAAACUUUAUGUGAAACAUUUAAGUUAUUUCUUCCAAGAAUCUAGAUUUAGAAGGCUCUGCUCUAAUUUAUCAGCGGCGUCCUGUAAAAAUCACUUAAUUCUUCAUUUACAUUCAUGUUGACCAAGGAAUAUUGGCCUUUGUAUUUUGUAUUUUAAUAUUACAUAAGUAUUAUAACAGUACCGUUGAAAACC